AUGGCGCGAUACACUGUAAGAUCCUUUGGAAUCAGGAGAAACGAGAAGAUUGCUGUCCAUUGCACAGUUCGCGGGGCCAAAGCAGAGGAGAUUCUGGAGAAGGGGUUGAAGGUGCGAGAAUACGAGUUGAGAAAAAACAACUUCUCAGACACCGGGAACUUUGGUUUUGGAAUCCAGGAGCACAUCGAUCUGGGGAUUAAAUACGAUCCCAGUAUUGGUAUCUACGGCUUGGACUUUUAUGUGGUGCUGGGCAGGCCUGGUUUCAGCAUUGCUGACAAGAAGCGCAGGACUGGCAACAUCGGAGCCAAGCACAGAAUUGGAAAGGAAGAAGCCAUGCGCUGGUUUCAGCAAAAGUACGAUGGCAUCAUCCUCCCUGGUAAAUAAGCAGUUCCUGUUACCAAAAAAGCAAAUAAAAUUUUUGUAACCCCUAA